AUGUUCAGAGGUCCAAGGAGUCGCAAAGCCCCAGUGGUCGAGCCAGUGUACCGUCGAAAGACCAACUUUCUACGAGUCACGAAGUCGGCGUUCCGAGAACCGCAUCCCUCUAACGGCGACAGCAAGGGCACCCUCGGAGUGCCUCCCCGAACCAAGAUCCACAACCUGUGGCUAUCCAGCAUCAACCGCAACGUGCUGCUGCCCGCGCUGGUUUCCCUCCGGGGCGUCGGGGUCCGUAUCCUCGACAACAACGACGGCUGGCUCCUGGCGGCCUGCUCCACCUUGUGGGCCCUGAUCUCGGUGGGCUUCCAGAGCGUCAACAUCUGCACGACCAUCAUGGGCGUGGUGUCCAACAACUUCCACGGCUACCUCCUGGAUCAAGUGUCUUUCGUACUCGCCACGCUGUGUUCCGUCAUCUGCUCCGUGCUGCUGGCCUUCAGCCCCCGACGGCUGAACGAGCUGAUCGAGCGCGUCGAGGACACGCUCUUCGCGCUGCACAGCCCCAGGGACCUGCGCCAGUACUGGAUGCCGGUCAUCCUUCUCACACUCGUUGGCUGGCUCUACAUGGCGCUGAGGUUUGUCGCCGUCACCUGGGUGCUGGACAACCAACCGCCCAAGGACGUCUUCAAGAGCGUCUUUUUCACCGAGGCCAACCCCAAACACUCGGACAGGACUCUCCUGUUCUUUGUCGCCCUCAUCUGGUACCUGAACACGCUGUUCGUGUACGGCACCCUUGUCUUCGUGCCCAUCCUCUUCAUCUCGUUCUGCCUGGUGCUCGCGCGGGCCUUCAAGGUCCACAACGUGGUCAUUCGGAACGUGCACAAGUCCGGUCUGUCCCUGGAGGCUGACAGCCUCGCCCAGGUGCGCAUCUUUUAUGAGCGUAUUUGCACGCUCGUCACCGACCUGAACGAGAUCUUCGGGCCGGUGAUCUUCUCCUGGUACAUUAUGAUCGUCCUCAGCGUCUGCAUCGAUAUGACGCAGCUGUUCAGCGACACUAACCUCCUCAAGAACACCAAGGAGGACGAAGGCUUUCUAUUCAGCCUCAGAGGCAUCUACUCUCUCCUGUCUUUCUUGGGGACGUGCCUGGCGGCCUCAAGAGUCUCCGAGGAGGCGCUGGCGCCCCUGCCGCACCUGCACGAGCUCACACUUCGCAGCUGGAGGUUGGAUAUGGACACUAAGAUGGAGGCGCAUUUCUUCUUGAGCCGCUUGUCCUCGUCUCCUGUAUCCAUGACUGGUUGGAACUUCUUCACCAUUAACAGGAGCUUCAUUCUCAGCGUUUGCGCGGCGUUGACAACCUACGUGGUUAUCAUCAUCCAGAUGAAUCCAAAGGCUAUGAAGACUAUUAACAAGCUGGUGACGACGGCGCUCAAUAACACCGGAAAUGGAACGGCCUCGAGUGAAUAA